GGCGCUGCCGGGGGCACGGCCAUGGCGGAGGCGCGGCCGCUGCGGCUGCUGGCGCUGCACGGGUACCGGCAGAGCGCCCGCCGCCUCCGCCAGCGCACCGGGGCGCUCCGCAAGGCCCUGCGCGGCCGCGCCGACCUGGUGGCCAUCGACGCGCCGCACCCUUUGCCCGCCGGCGCUGAGGACGACCCGGACGGGGACGACCCCCCCCGCGGCUGGUGGUUCUCCGGGCCCGGCACUUUCGAGGCGGGCGAAGCGGCCGCGGCUCCGGCGGGGCUGGAGGAGUCUCUGUCGACCGUGGCGGCCGCGCUGGCGGAGCACGGGCCUUUCGACGGGCUGCUGGGCUUCAGCCAGGGCGCGGCGCUGGCCGCCAUGGUGUGCGCCCUGCGGGCCCGCGGCGACCCGCGCUUCCCGGUGGCCUUCGCCGUGCUGGUGGCCGGGUUCGCCAGCCGCGCCCCGGCACACGGACACUUCUACCGGGAACCCAUCGCCCUGCCCACGCUGCACGUCGUGGGCGACACCGACGCCGUUAUCGCAGCGCCCCUGAGCAGGGAGUUGGCCCAGUGCUUCGUGGAGCCCGUUGUCCUCACGCACCCCGGCGGGCACUUCAUCCCCGCGGCUGCGGCGCAGAAGAAAGCCUACCUGGAAUUCUUGGAACGCUUCUGCCCUGGGCAGGGCCAGGCCGAGAGGGCUGGGGAGGUUUGAGAGUGGGCUCGAAUAAAAAAAGGGCUCUGGUGAGCCAGGUGCAGCCACCCGUGCUGUGAAA